AUGCCGGUAGAUGGCGGUCGACAAGCUAUAAACCGUACACCGAAACGCUUAUCCGGUUAUAUCAACAGGGUGCCACAUUUUGUUUUAUUUUUUACUGAGAGAAGUAAUUAUGAAGAUUGUUCCUGGAAAACCCAAAUCGAACAGCGCACAAUUGGUGGUCCAUGUAAACGCCGUUACUGGUUUGUGUUAUCAGAUGAUUCACCCUAUUUGUACUGGUACAAAAAUAAGGGCGAUAUUAGUUGUGCAGGACGAGUGCCACUGUCCGGAGCUGCUUUUACUUUUGAUCCUCGUGAAACUGGCCGAUUUGAAAUACAUGUGAAUAAUGAGAUACAUCUUCUCGAAGCAGCGGACAAUAAGUCACGUGUUCAGUGGUUACAGCAGCUUCAGAGCAAUCGUCGCCAACAUUAUGAGAAAGAAAAUAUUGACGACAUAUUGAAAAUUGAGAUCGUGUCUCUUUCGUCUCACUCACUUUCGGGAAACGAUCAUUGUAUGGAGAGUUCUUCGAAUACUGAAAUUAAAAAUUUAGAACAGGGUGAGGAUAUGGUAGUAAUAGAUGGACCUCCAGAUGAAAAAUCACUUGAAGAUGAAAUUAAUGAUGCUACCCAAUCUACAUUUUAUCUUAAUUCCGAUGGAGAACUGAAUGCAAAAAGUUUAGAGAUGCCAAUUUCAAUCCCUCCCAAUACAGACGUCUUGAGAAGUGCAGAGGAAUUAAUUGAAAAAAUAGCAGAAGAAACUCAAGCAAAAGCGAAAAUACUUGAACAACCAGCGAAAAAGGUGAUAGACAAAGCAAAAGCUUCGUUGCGGCUUUCUACAUCACUACGACCGCCUUGUGAGCACUGCAAAAUUUUACUUGGUAUUGUGAGUGAACUUAAAGAUCGUUGUUAUGAGCUUACGGACGAAGUAGGAGCUAAUCAAGAUUUGGUUACAAUUCUACGGCAGAGUUUGGUCAAGUCAAAUCGUCAAAUAGAAUUACUAAAACGGAUGGAAGAACAGAAAAACCCUCAGGAAAGAAUUAGUAUGAUUCUGGAGAAAGAAAGUGAACUUACAGCGUUGCAGCUUAAUGCAGCAUCUUACAGUCGUGAAAUUCGGAUUUUAAAGGAGCAAAAUAAACAGUUUGAACAAAAAAUUGAAGAAUUAACUACUGAAAUUAGUGCGUUUCGUGAAUCAGUGCGUUCAAAAGAAGAGCUUAUAAUGAAAAUUUAUAGUGAGCAGGAAGGGAAUGAUGUUUUGGGUCGCUCAAAUAUGUUGCUUGAUGAUGUUGAAGUGCCUGAAGGAAUAUUAGUCGAUUUUGGUAGUAACUCAUUUGAUGAAAAUGCGCAACGUGUAUUUGACGAGGCAGCUGUUAAUGAUGUGACGGAAAUGCGUGAUCUUGUUAUGGGAUAUCGAAAUCAGAACAUGUUUUUGAAUCAGGAAGUUCUCGAGCUUCAAAAAAUUGUACACAAUUUGGAAGAUAGGGAGCGACGAAUUACUCGGCAAAACUUUGACAUUGAAGCUUGCUAUUAUCAACUUAAAAGUCGGUACAUCAUGGUGCUAAAUCACUUUAGAGCAUCGAAAACUGACAGUAGAGUUUUGCAACCAGGAGUAAUUGAGGCUCUGAUUGAUGAAACAAACUGGACUACAAACAAAAGAAUGUUAAGCAACGACAAAAUAGAAACGAGACUUACUGAUUCUCUCGGAUUUUAUCUGAAUGACGAUAGAAAGCGCCAUCAGUUACAACCUACUGACAUGUUUGAAGUUGCUGCUGAAUUAAAAAGUAUAAGUGACGAGAUCAUUGUUCAACAGGAAAUGGAGCAGAAUCCGCAGUACAUAGAUUGGCUACAAAAAUGGGAUAGUUUUCUGGUGAAUUCUGCAGUACGUCCUCUGAAACCCACAAUCGAACUAAAGAAUUUGGUGAGAACGGGUAUACCAAAAACAUAUCGACCGAGAGUUUGGAAAAGUCUUGUUAAUUACGUAGUGAGUGAUGAAAAAGCCGAUCUCGGCAACGGCUAUUAUGAGACACUUCUUCGAAAGGUGAAUGCUGCUACCAUAAAUACUCUUGAAAAUGAUAGUGCUUUGAAGCAGAUAGAUUUGGAUUUGGCUCGAACUUUACCCACAAACAGAUUUUUCGAUGAGCCAACAUCAGAAAAAAUUGUUGUUUUGCGUCGCGUACUUUGUGCAUAUCGUUUUCAUAAUAAGUCUGUUGGGUACUGCCAGGGACUAAAUCGUCUGGUUGCCAUUGCUUUAUUAUUUCUUGAAGAAUCGGAUGCUUUUUGGUUUUUGGUAGCUUGCGUUGAGCAUCUUCAGCCCUCUGCAUAUUAUACUUCUACUUUACAUUGUGCUGUCUUACGUGAUCUAGUUACUGAAAAACUUCCAAAAUUAUCAUCUCAUUUGCGCAAAUUUGAGGUGGACCUCUCAGCUUUUACUCUGAGUUGGUUUCUUACAUGUUUCGUUGACGUCUUCCCGCAUACUAUUUAUUUGAAUUUGUUCGACGUUUUCCUCUAUGAAGGGAAUAAGGUUCUUUUUCGAUUUGCUCUUGGAGUGUUGAAACUUGCUGAAACUUCAGUGUUGGAAUGUAAAUCCGUUGGAGCUGUGCAUGCUUCAUUAAGUAGAGUAGCUCAGCAUGUUCCCAACUUCAAGACAUUAGCGCAGAUUGCUUUUAACGAUUUAAAUCCUUUUCCACAAAAAAGUAUAGAAAUGAAAAGGCAAUUUUAUCUUAGCCAGUUAACAGUAUCGAGUAGUGAAAGAAUUUCAGGCGACGCAGUAAAUGGUGCAGCUGGUGAUAUAUGA